CCCUCUGCCAGCUGUUUCCAUCCACUGACCCACCUGCGACACAGCUGAGGCUGAUGAAGAGGAGCAUCAUCCUCACUGAGAGGCGUGCGAUCGCUGUUUUUUUGUGUUUUUUUCUUCUUUUUUGACUGACCGGGGUUGAUGUGAGAGACACAGAUACGGGAUGCUGCAUCAUUUCAGACACAUUUCCGUUCGGUGUUCGGGAGAGGAGAUCGCACCUGAAUAUGCGCUGCAGGAGGGGCCCCGCCAUGGUCACUGAAGCAAGAUCAUGACUUUCCUGAAUGAGUCCAAUGAGACCUCCUCUCCCUCCUUCCCUUUGUCCCCUCUCGAGAAAAAUGUCUCUGCUUUCAUCAGCCACGACCCCUCAUACUCCUCCCUAUCCUUCCCCACCUCCUCCUCCCUUUUGACGUCCCCCAACUGCACCGGCGCCGCAUCGGCCUCCUCCCCUCCGUACAACUUCUACGCGGUGCUGCUGGUCCUCCUGAUCUUCUGCGUGGUCUUCGGGAACGUGCUGGUGUGCGUGGCGGUUUCCCGGGAGCGGGCUCUGCAGACCACCACCAACUACCUCAUCGUUUCCCUGGCCGUGUCCGAUCUGCUGCUGGCCACGCUGGUCAUGCCCUGGGGCGUUUACCUGGAGGUGGUUGGAGAGUGGCGCUUCAGUCUGAUCCACUGUGACAUCCUGCUCACCCUGGACGUCAUGAUGUGCACGGCCAGCAUCCUCAACCUCUGCGCCAUCAGCAUUGACAGAUACACGGCGGUGGCUAUGCCUUUGCUCUACAACACCAGAUACAGCUCCAGGAGGAGGGUAGCGGUGAUGAUUGCCGUGGUGUGGUUCCUCUCUUUUGCCAUCUCCUGCCCUUUGUUAUUUGGACUGAACAAUACCGCAAGCCGUGAAGGAACCACGUGCAGCUUUGCAGACCCAGCCUUUGUUGUGUAUUCGUCCGUGGCCUCCUUUUACGUCCCUUUCAUCGUCACAUUGCUGGUUUAUGCCCAGAUCUGUGUGGUGCUGCGCAAGCGAGGCAGGCGAACCGCCCCCCCGCGCAGACACGGCCUGCUCGCGCAGAAUGGGACUGAAACUGGAGAGGGGCGACACCGAAAGAAUAAAUGUACACAGCCCGAAGAUGUGAAGUUGUGCACCUUGAUCCUGAGACCAAGCACUGCAGGCCCCCAACGCAAGAAAGUGACUCUGGUGAAAGAGGCAGUGGUUCACCCCCUUGAAGUGGAGCCGGGUCAGUUCCUGCCGCAGACGGAGCAGAGUCUGGCUCCUCCGCCCGCUCCCCAGACCUCGUCCCACUCGGGACGGGCCCGCAUCUCCCUGUCCAUCUCUGUUGGGCCCGCCCCUGUCCGUCCCGCUACCGUGACGCGAUCGGCCCUGACACCCCGUCCUCCGACACUAGAGGACGGCAUGAGAGGUCUUGAGGGGUGGAGGGAGCGGAGCGGCGGCAGGGAGAAAUGGGGCGCGAGCAAGGAGAGGGUGAGGGGGAGGCUGUCGCAGCAGAAGGAGCGGAAGGCAACGCAGAUGCUGGCCAUCGUGCUCGGUGUGUUCAUUAUCUGCUGGCUGCCUUUCUUCCUGACCCAUGUGCUGAAGGCCCACUGCAGAAGCUGCUGCAUCUCACCCUCUCUGUACAGCGCCGUCACCUGGCUGGGAUAUCUCAACAGCGCCGUCAACCCCGUCAUCUACACCACUUUCAACAUUGAAUUUCGCAAAGCCUUCAUAAAGAUCCUGCACUGCUAGGCCCGCGACAAGGCGAGGCAUCAGCUGUCAAAAGGAAUAAAUAAGUAAAAGCCCGACAUUGGUUUUAGAUCUGAGUGGAGGGCACGUGGUGGAGAGGGUAAAAGAGUUCAGAGGCAGUUUGGCGCACAGUAAGCGGCAAACUGGCAACGGACAAUCUGGUCAGCCUUCAAAUCAAAGAUGUUCAGGAUUUUAAGGAGACUUUUGGAGGAGAAAGUGGAACCAGCAGCUCAGACGAGACGGGAGGAUGACAAAAUCGUCUCCUGACAGAAUGACAUCAAGCACAAAAGGAACAAGUAAAACAUAAAAGAAAUGAAACUGUGACAAGUACUAGGGUAGCUACGAGAGACACAAACAAACUGGAUAUUUAUGGAAGAGAAGAUGUGCAUACAUAUAUAUAUUUUAUUUUUUUUGUAAAGGGAAUAUGUGAGAACUUGGGCUCUAGGCUAUCACAGACUCACAUGUGAGAAUCACUGAGACGUGACUGUUUUUUUCAAGCUGUCUGAAACACUUCCUUCAGACCGUCAGACUUUUGCGUCUUAUAUCUUGUACACUUGACAACCCAACUUGUCUGCUUGCAUGUGCAUCUUUUUUCUUGGACAGAAAUAAGUCAAUCCAUGAAGAGAAAGAACGGAAAUCACUUCAGUGUCAGACUCCAACUCCGAAUGCUAUGUCUUUUCUAUACGUCCCAGGUUUUUCCAUAUCGUCCCCAAUAGGCUGAUAAAUUUUUACAGAGACAGAAUUAUGGAUAUGAUCAUGAAGGACACUUAAAGAAUCACAAUCACAAUACAUCUUCCCCAGGGUGUGUUUUUGCUUUAUGUAUUGACGUAAAGUGUUGUGCUGAUCAUAAGAAUUGUAUUGGUUUCAAGCAUGAUUGUACAGAGCAUUUAGAAAAUAGAUAUUGUCUUAAAUAGCUCAAUUAGUGUCUAAAUGAUCCAAAAAGAAACAUUGUUAGACACAGUACAUGUUAUAUUUUCACUGAGA